UAAUAUGACUUGUUUUAAAAUGUUUACCCAAAAUUUUACCCAAAUUUUUAGUCCUUAUUUAAUUAUAAUUUAGAUCACGAAUUGAGAUCUUGGUCUAGAACCUAUUUUCUAUUUUAUGAAUGAUUUUUUUUACUCACGGCCGUACGGAAACCUUGCAAAGACCUUCUUUUCUUUACUCUACCCGCUUUUGAGUCUUGACUUGAGUGAGUCACUUGACUCCGAGUCUCUUGACCGUACCUUCUUGCUACUUCUAUUCUUAACUUAUUUAUUUAUAAAUUAGAAUUCUAGAAUCUAGAUAGAAUGAUAGAUAAUACAUAGAUCUACUAGAUAUAAGCCUAAUAAGCUCAGCUGUGACUGAAGUUAGUAAAAUACUAAAAUUAGUAAAAUACUAAAGGCCGAUUCUAGUCGGAAUAAGAUACGCAUGCGAUACGCAUGCGUAAUGGAGAGAAACUACGACUUAGCGGCGAUGUUUUCGAUGGUACUGCGCAUGCGUGUGUUUACAACCGCAGAACCCUAAUACCAACCCUAAUCCUAUCCUUAACCCUAUCCCUAAUCCUGUCCCUAACCCUAGCCCUAAUCCUAUCCCUAACCCUAUCCCUAAUCCUACCCCUAACCCUCAUUCUAACCCUAGCCAUAGGUCACUGUGCAUGCGCAGAACUAUCUUUUGCCGAAAAAUCUUAUUCCGAGUAGACACUUCGAAUACUAAAAUAGUGUGUAAGUGGUGGCGUAGUAUACUAUAAAGUAUUAAUACUUAUAGACCAGGGGUCUCCAAACUUUUCAGUCCGAGGGCAGCAUUAACUAUCAAAUUUCAGUUCGGGGGCCAGUUUCUUCCAGGCAUGUCUUUGAUUUUUCUGGGCAAAGUUCCUCAGCCAUUCUGAGCCAUCACCAACAAACGAUUUUUCCUUGGACAAAAAGAUCUCAGCAGGCCGGAUGAGAGGACUUUGCGGGCCAUAGUUUGGAUACCCCUGCUAUAGACUAUAACAGGAUUUUGGACACCUUCAGUGUAGUAAACAACCAUGCAUUCCUACUCAAGUAAAGCCAAAAAAUUUAUUUUGAUUCUGUCACUGUCAUCUUUCAUCUCAUCCUUGUUCAUGGCUGGUACAGCUGUAGUACUGCUUGUCACAGAUGGCCCACUGAGUGUCAUCACUAACCCUGUAGCUGGUAUCAAAAUCUCCAUGGCAGCUGCAUUUGCUCACUGUUUAUUAACUGCACUGCUGUUUGUUUUUUAUGGACCAGAAAGUUUUGAAGAGAAGUUUCACUUCCAGAUUACAAAUAUAAUAAAAUGUUGUGGCAUUCUCCUUUUCGCAUGUAUAGUAUUUCAUGCAAUUGCAGUGUGUUUUGGAGCCCCAGUUUUAACAUCAGUUGCUGAAACCUUUCAUUUUUCAAUGCUUAUGACUGUACUAGUGUGCCUUCCUGGCUGUUUGUUCUUUGGACCAAAGAUUUCUAAUUGGCUUGAUGUUUUUGCAUUUGACGCUGCUGUUGGUAUAGAAACUAUUGUCUACAUGACAACAAUUGGUUCUUUGCUAGGAUCUUGGCUGGGUGCUAUUCCAAUACCCCUGGACUGGGAUAGACCAUGGCAGGAAUGGCCUGUGACUUGUGUGGUUGGAGCGCUAGGUGGUUACUCUGGUGGGCUUCUCUUUGCUGCCAUUCAACUUCCCAGAAAACUCAGGUCAUCGAGCAAAUCAAAGUUCUUUUAAUGCCAAAUAAUUUAUUCACUCCACAAUUUGUUGCAUAUUACCAUUACCAUUAUUUAUAUAUGAAAUGUUAUGAUUGUAUUGUUAAACAUGGAUAGAAUUGUAAUGACUGUUUUAAAAUGUACUUCUUUAGAGUCUGUUAUUUUGUUUUACAUUGGGUUGUGUCAUUUCAGAAAGUAAAUACUGUCUUUAUAAAGUUUAUUACUUCAUUUAUCCUAGGAUUAUAAAGAUAGUGGCCAGUGAUUUUUAAAGGGAAAAGGGAACCUUUUUUGUUUUUCAUUUUAUAAGAUGCAAUUUGUUUGAAGCAUUUAGUACUGUUUUGUUGAGAUCAGGCAGUGAAAUUAGUCCUAUAAAAAAAUAUAUUCACUGAUUCAAAGUAAUGUUUUAGCAAUAUGCUUAAUACACCCAUCUUUAUGAAAUUUUAUCUAUGUACCACCUGUAUAAAGUAUGUUUUUUUUAAAUUCAUGCUUUAGAGUUUUAACAUGUUGAACUCACAUUCUUAACUUCAUUUGCAAGGGUUUUUUAAUAAUUUUUAUUAGCGUUUUAAAUACUAUAUGUAACCACAUUCCAAGGUUUUUGUGAUAAGAAUCUUAAACAUAGCACAUCACAUUAAGGAAAUAAGAGAUAUGUGUAGUAUUCAGUAUGAAACCAAAGAAUAUUUUAUAAAAAUUUACAUGCACGAAACAAAAUGUAGGAUGAUUAAUUUACGGUCACAAAAAAAUAAAAUGUGAUAAAACAUUAAGUUAUUAGUUCAGUUACCAGUAAUAUGAGUAAUUAAAUAAAGGUUCCAUGAUAGGGAUAUCAUCAGUAGCUCAUCUGUCUGCAUCUAAAAGUAUUAUCUUACAAAAACAGUCAACUCAAAUAUUUCUUUUAAAAUAUCAUUUUUAAAGGAUCUUUAUCCUGAAGGAUUUUUUUUAAAAAUUUAAUGGCAUUGGUUUGUUACUGGUUACCAUUAAAAUUUCAUUUGGUCAUAUGAAUUUCUACUUAACAUUCUUUUACUCCUGAAAAUACAUAAACA